UUUCACCCUAAGGGAAGCCACAAAUCUCAGCAGAACCUUCCAGUCUCCAAACUGGGGCUGCUGGAUACAUGAAACAGAACAGCUAACACCACAUGUAAGCUCAAUCCAACUCUUAAAAAACAGAUACAGAACAAUGGCAGUGACAACCAGAUUGACAUGGAGUGAGGAGAAAAGUCUGCAGAAGAUGCUUGGGAAUGUGUCCUUGAGACUUAUUUAUAAGUCUAGUGUCCACGACAGUAACAUUUCUGGUAUGCUUGCCAGGUGCACUUGUCAGGGACUUACUGUAACAAUAAUUUACUUUAAUAUAAAGAUGACUUUUGUGGUCUUUAUGCUUGGGCAUUAUCCUGAAAUGUCUGACCAUUUAAAAAGGCACAAUCCCUCCUUCUGUUUUUCAUUUCAAAAGAAUAAUGCAACUGAAAUGACAACUGCAGUUUUAGAAACAGAAACAAAAAUUGCUUCUGGAUAACUGGUAUUUUAUUCCUUUAGUCAAGAGAUGUUGUCUGUAGAUCCAGGCAAAAAGAGACUUUAGGAUGCUUCAUUAAGCAAAGCUUUAGGAGUAUAUAUCCUGUCUGACAUCAAGUAUUUGGAAUGUGAAGUUUUUUGAGUUGAAAGAACUGAGGAUGAUACGAACUACAACAAGAUAACAAGAGCCACGAAGCACAGAAAUCCCCUGCUAGCCGAACUCAGAGCCUACAAACCCUGUGUAGACUUUAUUUCAGAAAUUCGUAAUCUCUUGCUAGGUCCAUUUGGGUCUGGAAAGUCUAGUUUUAUCAAUUCAGUGAAGUCUGUUUUCCGAGGCCAUGUGACUCACCAAGCCACAGUGGCGUCUGAUGUCACCAGCAUUACUUAAAACUAUAGGAUAUAUCCUAUUAAAGAUGGGAAAGAUGGCAAAUGUCUGCCAUUUAGGUUGUGUCACUCCAUGGGGCUACAUGAGAAAGAAGGAGUAGGUUUGUGUGUGGAUUACAUACCCUACAUCUUAAAAGGCUGUGUGCCAGACAGAUACCAGUUGAGCCCCAAUAAACCAAUUAUGCCCAAUCAUCCUACCUUCAUCAGCUCUCCAUCACUGAAGGACAGGAUUCACUGUGUGGCUUAUGUCUUAGAUAUCAACUCUAUUAAUGAUCUCUCCUCUAAGAUGGUCGCAAAGUUCAAACAAGUUCAAAAAGAAGUCUUGAGCUGUGGUACAGCAUGUGUCCUCUUGCUUCCUAAAGCGACUAAUUGCAGUGAAUUUCUUCAGGACAACUUUUUAAACAUGGAUAAACCUAUGACUUCCCAAAGCCAGAUAAUGCAUGUCAGCAAAAUGCUAAAUGAUCCUAUUUAUAAUACCUUUGUGGUUGAAAAUUAUACAUCAGAGUGGAAGCUGGACCCUUUAAAGGACACUCAGAUCCUCUUUGUGCUGAGGCAGAUGUUACGGGUAGCAGAGGACUUCUUUGAGGACUUGCCUUGAGGAAACAGAAGGGAAGACUGGAAGAGAACGAAAUGCUGGAGAGAAGAAGUGAACAUAGAGGAGGGAGAAUGUUUCACUUGUCUCUGGAUGAAGAUAUGAAUUUAAACUAAUUAAAAAGAACAGAUAUUUCUUAA